GUCGCAGUCUCUGGUCAUCCCUUCACUGUCUGCAGUCUCUGGUCAUUCCCUGCACUGUCCGCAGUCUCUGGUCAUCCCCUGUACUGUCCGCAGUCUCUGGUCAUUCCCUGUACUGUCCGCAGUCUCGGUCAUCCCCUGCACUGUCGGGCAGUCUCUGUCUCUGGUCAUUCCCUGCACUGUCCGCAGUCUCUGGUCAUUCCCUGCACUGUCCGCAGUCUCUGGUCAUUCCCUGCACUGUCCGCAGUCUCUGGUCAUCCCCUGCACUGUCCGCAGUCUCUGGUCAUUCCCUGCACUUGUCCGCAGUCUCGGGUCAUCUCCUGCACUGUGUCCGCAGUCCCGGUCAUUCCUGUACUGUGUCCGCAGUCUCUGGUCAUCUCCUGUACUGUGUCCGCAGCUCUGGUCAUCUCCUGUACUGUUCGGGCAGUCUCUGGUCAUCUCCUGUACUAUGUCCGCAGUCUCUGGUCAUCUCCUGUACUAUGUCUGCAGUCUCUGGCCCAUCCCUGUACUGUCCGCAGUCUCUGGUCAUCCCCUGUACUAUGUCUGCAGUCUCUUGUCAUCUCCUGUACUUUUGGUCCGCAGUCUCUGGUCACCCCC